CGUCCCAAAACGCAUGCUCUUUUCCUAAAUACUACCUUCAAAUCUAGUACACCACAGUAUAGCUCCAUAGCUGGAGUAGGACACACUAUAUAGCGACUGAGUGUGUGGUUUGGAACGCACCCUCAAGUGUGAUCACGUGGUCGGGGUUUGAGGCUGUCUGGCUGCUCUGCUGUAAUGUACAGUAUAUCCUUCAGCGGUUUUCAAAGAUGGCGGUGCUCGACGGUACGGAUGGAUGCGAGCACAGGUGUUGCAUGUAAAACGGUGAACUGAAACUUUCGGAUUAAAAAAUAAUAAUAACAGUGAUUUUUGUGACAGUAAUAUUUGUCUACGAUGCCGUCCCCGAAACCCGUCCGAGCAGGCAGCGCGCGCAGUAGCGGUGUUUCUGGAGUCGGCGGCGGUAGCAGCAGCAGCAGCAGCAGCAGCGGGCGGUACGAGUUCAUGUCACUGACCCGGACGCCUCCACUUUCUCCUUCCCCUUCUCCGCACCUCCUCCAAAGGCAGGGCUCGGACCCUACAACAGCGCGGCUCCGUGUCUCUGAGAGCCCGUCUCGGCGGCGCAGGGGCUCCGCUUCCUCUAACGCCUCCACGUCAUCGACCGGCGGCGCGCAGCAGUUACCGGAAGAGGACUGCAUGCACCUCAAUCCGUCCAUCAUCAGCGUGGCGCUCAGCUCUCUGCUCGCCGUAGACUUGUGGCUCUCCAAGCGGCUCGGCGUGUGUGCGUAUGAGGAGGCGUCAUGGGGCAGCGCGCGGCCCCUCAUGAAGCUGGUGGAGGUUUCCGGUCACGGUAUACCGUGGCUCAUCGGCGCCGCGUACUGCCUGUACAAAAGCGACAGCGCCGCGGGUCAGGAGGUCAUGCUGAACCUGCUCAUGGCCUUGGUGUUGGACCUGGUGCUAGUGGGUAUAGUUAAAGCCGUGGUGCGUCGCCGGCGUCCUGCUCAUAACCGCAUGGAUAUGUUUGCCACAUUCUCUGUGGACCGCUACUCCUUCCCAUCAGGCCAUGCCACUCGAGCUGCUAUGUGUGCUCGCUUCCUGCUGGCACACCUGGUUCUUGCCGCUCCACUGCGCGUGCUUGUCAUGCUCUGGGCAGUCAUUGUUGGCCUCUCCCGAGUCCUUCUCGGGCGUCAUAACGUCACAGAUGUGGCUUUUGGCUUAUUAAUGGGCUACUGCCAAUAUAACCUGGUGGAGGCGCUGUGGUUGUCACCAGCUAUGCUGCAAAACAUGGUGGGGCUGGAGUGAAGCCAGAAGGAGACAGUAGAGACAUUGAGAUUGAAGAUACAAAAAGAAAUGUAAAAGACUUGAACUACAGGCACUGUGAUAGUAAUAAUUCCAUAUCAUCACUAAUUUAUUUUUCAUUUUUAUUAUUUUUUUGUGAAUGUGGGUUUAAGAGGAGUGUCCUGGAUCAGGCAAACUGAUCAUGUAAGCUGGGGUAAAAAUUAGCUUAAGUCAUGGUCAGAAAGGACGACCUCUGUCUUCCCCACACCGAUGCUGCUGUGCCACUGUGUAAUUACUGUGUUCACAAUCACUUUCAUAAUCAUAAAUCUCUUUAAAAAUCACUUUAAAACUCCUCGAAAGCAACGUAAAUUUAACAAGUGUAUCACAUUAGUAACAGUAUUACCUGGAACACUAGAAAUGGAAACAAAAUCUUCUCCUUCCAGAUGUUUUUCUGUACUUUCAGAAAAUCAAUGUUGGAGAAAAAAUCCCCAAUAUUUUUUUGUGUAUGGGUAAUAUAAUGGGUUAAUGUUCAUAUUAAUCAUUAAGGUGUAAUCAGUUGCUUUUUCAAUACUUAAUUUCUCUGAGUGGCUGGCAAUACACGAUACAGACCUUGCAAGGUUCUGUUACAAUACUAUGUCAUUCCUCACAGGCAUGAAGCUCAGAUGCAUGUUUUCUGUCAGUAAACAUGACAUUGUUUACAGCUGUGAUACUAAAUACAUCAGUGGAUUGGAUUGGAAACUAUGGACUGAAAAGAGUUUCUGUACCCUGCUGAAUCUGUGCAUCCCUAAUAUAAGCAUGUAGAUUAUGGUGAACCUCACCACUUUUUUUAUUGUCAUAAUGCAGUCGUUGUGUGCGGUCAUGUUUUUCGUCUCUUUACUGAAGGAUUUUGGGUAAUGCACUAUUUUUUCUAAUCACAUGAUGUUUGUUCUUUAUUCUUACAUUUUAGACUACCAUGAUUUGUGAAGCAGAUUAUUAUAUUAAAUGUACUUAAUUUCUGUUCUUUUAUCGAAAUGGAUGUGUUGUAUAUUGUGAUGUUUCUUUACAUUGGAAUUAUAUUCACUGCCCAAUUUAGUAAGAACACCUGUACACCCCACCCGCAUGCGGUUGCAUGCAAAUUCUUGCAGUUAUCCAGUAAGAUAAAUGUGUGGCAACAAUGCAUAACGUCAUGCAGCUACAGGCCCAAAAAUUACCCAAAGGUGUGAACAAAAAACUUACAUUAUAUGGCAGUUCUGUCACUUGUUGAUGCGAGAGGUCAGACUGGUUCUAACUGACAGGAAGACUACAGUAACUCAAAUAACCACUCUUUCAGCCGUGGUGAGCAGAAAAGCAUAUCAGAAUGCACAAUAUGCCAGACCUUGAGGAGCUACAUUUGAUCACAUUUUCCUCCAUUCUGAAGCUCUUGACCUCUAUCUGCUUGAUGUUAUGGAUUGCACUGCUGACACGUCAUGGUCAGAUUGAAUAAUUGCAUGAAUAAGCAGGCGUACAGAUGUUCCUAUUAAACUUCUAUACCAUUCUAUGGUUUUAUGGUUACAUGCAGUGUUUUCAUGUUACAAGUGUCCUUCACUAUCACUGGCAGUGUAAUCACUGAUUUAUACUACUCUUAAUUCAGUAUGCAUGAAAAACAGAAAUGUACACAACCAGGAUUUUUAUUUGAUUCCUCCAUAGGCAAUUUAGUAGUUAUGCUGUAGCCAACAGAAAUGUCUGUUUUAAGCAGGUGCUGUAUGUGUUACAGUUAGUUAUGUUGUUCUACCACAGCAAUGAUUUAUAAGAGGAGUUCAGUAGCACCCAAAAGCAAUGAACAUAGAAGAGGUAUUUCCUUAUAAAGGAACGAUAUAACCAGAUAUGUUACUCAGUUUCUCAUCAUCGUGUCUUAUUUCCCUAAUUUUUUUCAUUCUAUUUUCAAUCUCUCUUCAUCUACAUUUUGUGCUUUUCAGUUGCACCUGUAGCACUCUUCUACUGAUAAGAUAACUUAUAAGAUGCUGGAGUUAACUGAUUUACAGAUGUACUCUCAAUGUAGUCCUCAACACUAACAAGUGUAUUAUUCUAACUAGGUUACCUUAUGAGAGGUAAUGCAUUGCUUACUGUGAUGUUGCAUGCCAUACCACUGGUAGAAAACCAGUCUUGUUACUGUUUGUGUGGUGCUUUUGACUGUUGUAAUUUUUCUGGCAAUAACAGAUGUUUUCAUCACUCAGUGCAUCCUCGGGUCUGCAGCAUUAGAGAACGAGGAACAUAGGCUCACCAAAGGCACUUUGUCUUCUAUGAACUGCAAUAUUUUUUCCAGUUGGGUUUGUUUACCAGGGACCAUCUUUGUGGAGUGCAAGGCUGGGCAGUGAAGGUUCAUGGCCUGUAUUCACACCUAUCUGGUUCACACUGGUUCAAUUUCUGUAGCUGUGACCAGUUCAGUCUGUGAUCUCAGGUCUGCCUUCUGGUCCCUGUGAUGCUUCAUGCUAUGCCUUCAUCUCCAGUGACUUUACCAGCUAUUCACAAAAAUAACAUAAAUUAUAAAUAUCUAAACACAGGUGCAUCAAAAAAAAAAAAGUAAUAUCGUGGAAUUUUUUUCCAUAAUUUAAUUCAAAAAGUGGAACUUUCAUAUAAUCUAGAUAUAUUACACAUAAAGUGAAAUAUUUCAAGCCUUUUUUUUUUAAUCUUGAUGAUUACGGAUUACAGCUCAUGGAAAUCAAAAAUUCAGUAUCUCAAAAUAUUAGAAUAAAGAAUUUAUAAUACAGAAAUGUCAACCUUCUGAAAAGUAUGUUAAUUUAUGCUCUCAGUACUUUGUCGGGGCUUUAAUCCUUUUGCAUGAAUUACUGCAUCAAUGCGGCGUGGCAUGGAGGCGAUCAGCCUGUGGCACUGCUGAGGUGUUCUGGAAGCCCAGGUUGCUUUGUUUGCGGCCUUCAGCUUGUCUGUAUAGUUUGGUCUGGUGUCUCUCAGAUUCUCUAUGGGGUUCAGGUCAGGCAAGUCGACUGGCCAACCAAGCACAGUAAUACCAUGCUCAGCAAACCAGUUGCUAGUAGUUUUGGCACUGUGGGCAGGUGCCAAGUCCUGCUGGAAAAGGAAAUCAGCAUCUCCAUAAAGCUGGUCUUUAAUCUUCCCCAUGAUUGUGCUUGUGUGUACUGAACCAGACUGAGAGAUUAAAGACUCAGAAAACCUUUGCAGGUGUUUUGAGUUAAUUAGCUGAUUAGAGCUCUUCUCAGGUCGACAUUUCUCUAUUAUAAAUUCUUUAUUCUAAUAUUUUGAGAUACUGGAUUUUUGAUUUCCAUGAGCUGUACGCUGAAAUCAAGAUUUAAAAAAAAAAAAUUAAAAAGGCUUGAAAGAUUUCACUUUAUGUGUAAUGAAUCUAGAACAUAUGAAAGUUCCAAUUUUUGAAUUAAAUGAUGGAAGAAAUUAACUUUUCCACGAUAUAUAUAUAUUUUUUUUUAGAUUUACCUGUAUAUACUGUUGAUGGUUAUAUAAUGUCAAAUCUAAUUUAAAGUCUGUGUUUAAAAAAAUAUGCUGCAAAAAAACGAAAGUUAUAAAAGUAAUAUCUUACUGUAUGAGUGUGGUGGUUAUACAUGUGAUGAAUUGUGCUGUUAUUGUAUUUUCUAAAAUAAAUACAGAAAUUGCUGCAA